AUUAGCUCUGUCUAAUCUCUCUCGAUCGACGACUGCUCUCUCUCUGAACCGGAGACGGUGUCACGGGACGAAUCUAAUCGCCGGGAAACCGUUUUUUUUUUCUCUCGGAAAAUCGAUUUGAAUCUCCGGCGAUCUGAUCGGGAUGAGUAACAUCGAUCUGAUUGGGAUGAGUAACCGCGAUCUGAUCGGGAUGAGUAACAGCGAGCUUCUCACCGUCGAGCCUCUCGAUCUUCAAUUCCCUUUUGAAUUGAAGAAGCAGAUCUCUUGCUCUCUCUAUUUGACGAACAAGACCGACAAUAAUGUUGCCUUUAAGGUUAAGACGACGAAUCCGAAAAAGUAUUGUGUUAGGCCUAAUACUGGAGUUGUUCUCCCGAGGUCUACUUGCGAAGUUCUUGUGACCAUGCAAGCUCAAAAGGAAGCUCCUUCCGAUAUGCAGUGCAAGGACAAGUUUCUGCUUCAAGGUGUGAUAGCUAGUCCUGGUGUCACAGCCAAGGAAGUUACUCCUGAGAUGUUUAGCAAAGAGGCUGGACAUCGAGUUGAGGAAACUAAACUGAGAGUUACUUAUGUUGCUCCACCACGACCACCAUCACCGGUUCACGAAGGAUCUGAAGAGGGUUCUUCACCCAGGGCUUCUGUCUCAGAUAAUGGACAUGGUUCUGAAUUUUCGAUUUUCAUGUUUAAUUUUAGUUUGAGAGAUUUAUCGUGGACAACAAGGCUGGACAUCAAGAAAACACAUCUGAGGUAUUUUUCACAAUUCUUCCAAGUUUGUCACCGUCAAAACCAUGUGACAUCAUCUUUUGCUUUUGCUCUGUUUAAAACUGAUUUUUGGAGGUAGCUUUACUGGAAAGUUGCCUUUUAGGCUGAUUUACUAGGUUGAGAAUCUUUCUUUAUGUUGAUUACUUAAAAGGUUCACUACAUUUUUAGAAGCCUGUCCAGUGCUCAAGCCGUCCAUUAAUUGUCUUUUUGUGCACCAAAUCCUCGUAGAUGUUAUUUUGACACAGUUACCACUUACUAUACACUAUUUUGCUUCAGUCAUUCUACAUUAUUUCUAUUACCGCUGAAUUUUGUAUGAUUUCAGGCGAGGGCACUCAUUACCAAGCUAACCGAAGAAAAACAGUCUGCCAUUCAACUGAACAACAGACUUCAAAGAGAACUGGAUCAGUUAAGGCGUGAAAGCAAAAAGAGCCAAAGUGGUGGUAUCCCAUUCAUGUACGUUCUUUUGGUCGGACUCAUCGGUCUAAUUUUGGGAUACAUUAUGAAGAGGACAUAAACCACCCACCUUGAAAUUAAUCCCUCACCCGCCACGAAGGAAAAAAAAAAGACUUUUAACUCUUUUCAGUCGGACAUUUUUUUCUCUUCUGUAUUUGUCAAUUUCGCCUUAAAAAGGUGUCCUAGAAGAUUUGUGUUUCGUAACUCAGUUUGCUAUGUUUUUUUCAACUUUUGUAAUCCAAAUGACUUUGCGUUGGUUCUUUCUCCACUAAUUCUCUUAUAUUUCUUAACUUCAUUUUCCAUCUCAAACCUUCCUCCGUGUCUGCAUUAGUCAGUGUAUGUAUAUGUUUGUUCCA